GCCAUGGAAACCCAAAAAUAUAAAAAUAAAGAAAACAGAGAGAAGACAGAGCAAGUGAAAGAAAGAAAAAAGGAAAGAGAGAGAUAAGGAGAUGGAUUCUGGGUUGUCUUGGGCUGAUCAAUGGGAUACAACCCCUGACCCUCCUCUGUCUUCAUCAUCAAAUAAUGGCAAGAAGAAGAGCAAAGAUGGGUCUGAUGACAGAAGCAAGUUUGGGAUUUCAAUGUUAAGCUUCAAAUGGGUGAAAGAACUUCGCAAGAAAUCUCAAAAAUAAUCAAUCGUCCCUCAAACAUAAACACAUCCCAGAAAAGCCUCUUUCAGCUCCUCAGAAUCCUCUCACAAUCAAUUAAAUUUUUUAAUAAAGUUAUAUUUUCUUUUUUCUUUUUUUUUAUUCAUUUGCCACCAAAAAAAAAAAAAAAUGUUAAUCAAUUGUAUUUGUAUAAACUUUCUUUACAUUCUUUUUUUCUUGUCUUUUGUUCUGCUUUAUUGGACCAGAAAAACAAGAAGCAAAUUAUAGAAAGUAAGAUUCAUUCUUCAAUUCAAAUGUUGUAGAUAAAUAUUAAAGAUUUGAAUAAUGAAUUCAUUAUAAUCGUUUCAUGGCAUCCCAUUUAUCAU